AUGCUUCAGCGGAGCGUAGCAGCCAGAAGCGUGGUGAAACAAUUGCUUGCACCACCCUUUGCAGCUCGCGAUGGUCUCACCUCGGUUCCAACCGCUGCCUUCAGCGCGUCGUUUCGAGCGCGUGCGCAGAUGCAUCGCAACUACACUCGUGACUCAUGUCGUUUUGUCCCGAAUAUAUAUCCUCUCGCCUCCACAACGGUUUACCGCUUCAUAGUGGCGUGGAGGCGAAACUGGGCGUCGAAAUGCGAUGCACAGCGGAGGUUGCUCAGAACGUCAUUGAUUCUGAACCAACGCGACACACGCACGACUCGCCAAGGAGACUGUCUCAGACUGUAUACUUACAAAGCAAGAACAGUGUCCACAGACGCUGACCUGCAUGCCCUUCUCGGAGCUGCAGAGCGUAUCAAAUUUCACGUGAUUGCUCUGCAGGAGACCAAGUGCAGAAGGAGCGACGUACAACAGAUGAAUGACGGUACACUAGGCGGUGUUGGUUUUGUUGUGCACCCAUCUGUCGUCCAUCCUGUCGAUUCUCACGAGAUCCUGUCACCUCGUCUGGCCAUUCUUCGCCUCCGCCCUCUGCACCAAAAACCCAUCAGUAUCAUCAACUGCUACUCACCAACAUCAGCAGCUGAUGAUUCCGAAUUGGACGCGUUUCACGAGGAGCUGGAGGAAGUAGUCCGCGAUGAGAAGUCCUUCUACACAUUCGUUGUCGGAGACUUCAACUUCAGAGAGGAAAUGCCACAGAAGAGGAAUAUAGGAUUGGAAGAUUUGGACUGGGGGACCGGAAUGAAAAUGGCAAUCGUCUCGCCGGGCUGUUGUCCGCCGCUCGCCUCUUUCAUGGGAACUCUCUUUUCAUGA